AUGCUGAGCACACUGUUUAGUGGCGGCGCUAGCGAAGCCAAUACGACUGCGACUUUGAGUGGGAGCGCAAGUACAGGUACAGGCCGCGGUGCCAACCUCGCGAGUGCCGCUGCCGAGGCCCCGCAGGGGCGCACAGGCAUCACGUCAAGCCCGACCAGGCCCAAGCUGAACUUGGACGGGGCGUCACCCAACCCUGCUGCUGCCACACGCCCAAACCCCAGUCCCUGUCGGGCCCAGGUCAAGGUUCGGGCUCAGGCUCAGGCCCAGGUUCGUCUUCACCAGGCUCAGGCUCAGACUCAUCUCGCCCUGCAGGCCCAGUUCCUGGACUCGCUGCACCAACACCUGCACCCACGGCCGCGACUACUGUUGACUCCCUCUGCGUCUGCGUCCACGUCCGCGACCGCGCCCACAUCUUCGUCUGCAUCUGCUUCCGCCGCCAACGACGACGACGACGCCGCCGCCGCCGCCUCGUCUGCACCCCAUUCGCCCCCCACAAACUGCUUCAAUCAACCAGACUGUUUGACCUCUGCUUCGCCCUCCCCUCAGCCUGCUACUCCGAAGUCGCCUUUCCCGAGUCGCGCACACCAAUACCCACACCCAUCCACGCCCGCCUCCAAGCCGCUUAGUAUUUCCAGUGGCUCCUUUGGUCGCGACCACGCCUCCUCGUCGCCUGUCUCACGAUCCCGCUCGCAACUGACUGCCAGCCUCCUGGUUGACUCAGCGCCUGUCGUCAGGGUUGCCGACAGCGACGGCGACAUCGACCUUCACGACCUCGAAUUCGACGACUUUCUCGAGUCUUCCGGGCCCCCCGCGCCUUCCAAGCCAUCGCCCGCUGAACCCGCCACCAUGACAACCGGUCCUUUCGACUCGGCCAUGGGCCGCAGUCGACAGGACUCCUUCGUCGGCGCAAAGCCCAUCUCCAUGAACAUCCAGAACCCCAACCGUGACCAGGGCAGCCGCCCCAGGCGCGAGUCACUCGCCGGGAGCCUCAUGGCCGGCAGCCUCAUGGGCGGCAUGAGCUGGGGAGGCAUUUCCGUCGGCAGCUUCAUCCGGGACGAGGUCCUGACCGGCACGUCACCAUUCGUUACCUUUGGGCAGUCGCCCUCGCUCCAGUCGACGUCGUACCUCCCCAAGCUUGAACAGAAUUUCAUGAGAGAUUUCAGAUGCUGCGACCGAACAUGGCCUACCUUGCACGAUCUCCUGCAGCACUACGAGGAGAACCACCAUGGCAACCCGAGCAUGCAGAUGAGCAGCCCCCCCGGCGCCAGCUUGAACAAGCAGGGGCUGUUCCCCGUACAGGGCGGCUCGCGCCAGCCCAACAGCCGCCCUAUGCAGUCCAACACGUCCAUGCCCUCCGGACAGAAUGGGCUGUCGGGCAUGGGAAUGCAGAUGCCAGGGCAGAUGGGCCAGCAAAACCGGCAGUUUGGUGGCAUGUCCGGCACUGGCUUGAACAUGGGCGGCAUAUCCUCCAUGAUGCAACAGCAGCGGUCCACGCCGGGCACACCCAGCCAGAGCCAAAUGUCCAUGAACGACGAAAUGGAUGCCGUCGGCGACAUGGAGAUGGAUGAGAUGAUGGACGUUGACAACAGUCAAAGCACCAUGCAACAGACACGCCAGAUGUUUGGCCAGCAACAGAGGCCACAGCUGCACCUGAACAGCUCCGGCCUUGGGGGCUUUGGCCAACAAGGCCUUCGCACGUCUACACCAACGACCCCGGCAGCCGCAGGCUUCGGGUUUCAGAACAACCCGACAGUGUCCUCGGUCAACACGCCAACGCUGGGCACGCAGCCUUUCCGUGGCCAAUUCCAGCAAGACACGUCGAACCUCGAUACCCCGACCGCCGACUUGAUGGACGACGACAUGUCCGGCCUGCCAAAGAUGAACAUGGGUAACCUCAACUUCAACGGACUUGGCGGGCUCAACGGGCUGAACUCGUCGCAGUUCGGCAUGAAUUUUGGGAAUGGGAACGGUAACAACAUGAACUUCGGGACCAUCUCCGACCCUGGCAAGCAGCUCUUCAGCCCUGGCGGUGGCUCUUUGACUCCGGAGCAGCAGAACAUGCAGCAGCAGUUUGCGCAGUUUGGCAUCGACGUCAGCACGCUACCCCCAGGGACAGAUCCGGCGACCCUGUUGCAACAACUGGCACCCCUGGCCAUUCAAGAGGAGCACAAGCCGUUCAAGUGCCCGGUCAUUGGAUGCGAGAAAGCAUACAAGAACCAGAAUGGACUCAAGUACCACAAAACCCAUGGCCACUCAACGCAGCAAUUGCAUGAGAACGGCGAUGGCACAUUCUCGAUUGUCAACCCAGAGACCAGCGCCCCCUAUCCCGGAACAUUGGGCAUGGAGAAGGAGAAGCCGUUCAAGUGUGAUGUUUGCGGAAAACGCUACAAGAACCUGAACGGGCUGAAAUACCACAAGGCCCAUUCGCCUCCUUGCGACCCGGAUGUGGUGGCGAGACAGCAGAACGCCAUGGCCACACUUGCAGCCCUGAGUACCGGUAACCCAAUGGCCAUGAACAUUGCGAACAUCGCCAAUCUCGGCCACGGCCUUCCCAACAUCGGGGAGGAGCAGCCUCAAUGA